CACAAACAGUGUACUGUGCUUGUACAGUUUAUAGAUUAGUUGUAUUCAAAGUUGCCCGAAUACUUUACAAGGUUACAAGAAUGGCUGGAGAAUCGACUUCUAAAAAGGGUGGUGCAAUAUGGCUUAAGAACAUGUGUGGGAUGACAGUCACUGAUGCUGAAAUGGAGGACAUUUCCAAUCCCAGACUUGAGCUACUUGUCCAUAUAAGCACCAAGACCAUUCAAAUGGGAGCUUUGUUCGGAAUGCUGGCAAUUGGACCAGUCACUCAACUUGUUAAAGGUCCUCGAACAAUACAGGCAAUAGCACAUAGAGCCCUGAAAUAUGGCGCAAACGGCACAAUAAUUGGCGCAGUUGCUGGGCCAGUGAUGACAUAUGGAUCAUCAACAAAAUUUGAAUAUGAAAAUUUUUAUGAUCGCACCUACAGGCUUCGGUAUAACAGGGGACAAGUGAUUACAGAUCGUAUGUGUUAUUUUGGUAUGGCUAUUGGUGCGGGGGCAGGAUAUGCAACAGGGAUUGGAAUACUACCUGGGAUUGCACUAGGAGUUGUGGUAGGCACAAGUGGAAGUGUAUUUGCACCUGGUAAAGGCUGUAGUCAAGACAACAACAAGACUAAGGAAUCCGUCCCUGUGAAAACGGAAGAUAACAAGGAUGCAUAAAAUACACCUUCAAAACUGACUGUAUUUAAAACAAGAUACAUAACAAUGUAAAAGUAAAUUCCCUAACCAAUGGUAUAUAAUAUGACAUGUUUUCAUCAAUAAAAAUCAAUAAAUAAAUAAAUCAAUAAAAUCAAUAUUUAUUUUUGAAAUACGAGUGUCCCAUUUUUUGGACCAGCC